GGGCGAGGUUUCUGCAGCUGUCCCCACUAGAGGGCUCUGGUACAUUGCUCAGGGCUGGGAGCCUGCUGCCUCCCUCUCUCUGUCUCUUUCUCCCUGGGUUUCCUGUGAGCAGCAGAUCUGGGGCUGAACUUCCCGGGUGAGAAGGGAGCCCCUGGGUGCUGCCGCUUCAGUAGCCACCCCGGGGAGAGCCGGAGAAACCCCUCCUCAAAGCCCCCUCUGUGCCCAGCCCGGGGUGGGGACUCUGUGCGGUGGCUGGCACCAGCCCCUGCGGCAGCCCCGGGCUCUGCCCACUGAGCCUGCAGGGGAUGGAGAGGGGAGAGGGACCGGCGGGGCAGCAGGAGCAAGAAGUGGGGAGGGAGGAUCCCAGCUCCCAGCCCUGCCCGGAUCCAUCGCUGCAGCGUCCCUGGGCAGACUGACUCUCCUGGGAUCAAGGCUGCAGAAGAACGUCCGUGUUUCACUCCACGUUGUCCAGUCCUGCUUGAGGGCAGAAAAAGGGAAUGGCUGCAGCAAAAGCAGUGACCUUUGAGGAGGUGGCUGUGUAUUUCACCGCGGAGGAGUGGGCUCUGCUGGACCCCGCUCAGAGAGCCCUCUACAGGGACGUCAUGCAGGAGAAUUAUGAGAAUGUGACCUGGCUGGGAUUCCCCAUCCCUAAACCUGACCUGAUCUCCCGCAUGGAACGAGGGGAACAGCUGUGGGUGCACCAAGCAGCAGGUGAUGGGACGGCCAGUGAGAGCCAGGAGGAGAAUCCCCAGCAGGGAGGCCCUGAGUCAGCAGAACCAUAUGGGAAGUUUGCAGGAAGGUCCCAGGGGAACAUUUGCCAGGGAGGAGCUAGCGCGAGUCAGGGCAGGUCGGAGGAGCAGUGGGGAAACCUGCCUGGGGAGAGAGAGGGUAAAUCCUCUCCUGAAGAGGGAUGUUUCAAGAAAUUCAAAUUGCUGCUGGACCUUAAGGGGAAGCACAACAGAGAGAUGGGAAAUGCAGGCGCUGAACGUGGGCAAGGCUCACGAGAGAUGCUCUGUCCAGGAAGCCCCGCAGAAGACACAUCCCACAGAUGCAGGGGAAGCCCCCGGCAGAGUUUGGCGUCUCCACAACAUCUGAGUGGGAUCCCCCAUCGAUGUCUCCACUGUGGGAAAACCUUCUGGUGGAGAUCACAUCUUCUGAGACAUCAGAUGGUGCACAAGGAUGGGAAAAGCUUCAGCCCCAGCGCAGCCCGCACCAUCCAGCAGAGAAUCCUCUCGGGGCAGAAACCCUGCCAGUGCCCCGACUGUGGGAGAAGCUUUGAUCGGAGGUUGACCCUCAUUGCACAUCAGAGGCUCCACACGGGAGAGAGACCCUAUAAAUGCCCCGACUGUGGGAAAGGCUUCGCUGACAGCUCCAACCUAACGAGGCAUCGGAGACUCCACUCUGGCAAGUGCCCCUAUAAAUGCCUCACUUGCGGGAAAGCCUUCCGUGUCAGGUCCAAGCUCCUGGAGCACCAGGCCACGCAUUUCCCAGGGGAGCCUUUUGCAUGCUCCAAGUGUAGGAAAUGUUUCCCCAGCAAGGCCCUCCUCCUCUGGCACCAGAAAUCCCACAUGGCAGAGUGGCCCUACAAGUGCCCCGACUGUGGGAAAGGCUUCGUGCAGUGGUUGCAUCUGGUGCGGCACCAGGGGAUCCACGCUGGGGUCAAGCCCUGCGUCUGUGCCGACUGUGGGAAGAGCUUCAUCAAGACCUGGAACCUGACCAAACACCAGCGCUGCCACUCGGAGCAGAGACUCCAUCAAAGUGCUGAGGGUAGGGAAAGCGUCCGUCUGCACUCAUACCUGUCUCAUGAGGAGGGACCCGAUGGUAUGGCCCUGCCGGAGAGUCACGCAGCGGAGAGACCCUACCGUUGCCUUGACUGCGGCAGGACGUUUAGCCGGAGCACAGACCUGCUGGCCCACCGGAGCACCCACACGGGUGAGCAAUCCUACAAGUGCUCGGCAUGCGAGAAGGGCUUCGGCGUACGCUUCAACCUGAUGGUGCACCGGAGAGUCCACACGAGUGAGCGACCCUAUGUGUGCCCUGACUGCGGGAAGGGCUUCAGCGUACGCUUCAACCUGAUGGUGCACCGGAGAGUCCACACGGGCGAGCGACCCUACGUGUGCCCCGACUGCGGGAAGGGCUUCAGCCAGAGCUCCAGCCUCACGGCUCACCGGAGAGUCCACACGGGCGAGCGACCCUACCUGUGUCCCGACUGCGGGAAGGGCUUCAGCCGGAACUCCCACCUCAAAUUGCACCGGAGAGUCCACACGGGUGAGCGACCCUACCCGUGUCCCAACUGCGGGAAGGGCUUCAGAACCAAAACGGCCCUGAGCACUCACCACCGGAGCCACACAGGCGAGAGACCCUACAAAUGCAUCGAGUGUGGGAAGAGCUUUAGCCAGAAGGCGCAUCUGAUGCAGCAUGAGAGGACCCACCUGCGAGGCAGACCCUACAAAUACGCCGAGUGUGGGAAAAGCUUCAGCCAGAAUGCCCACCUGGCCAAGCACAGCCGGACCCACUGCGGGGAACGGCCCUGCAUCUGCACAUACUGCGGGAAGGACUUCGGCGACACCUUCACCCUGAUCCAACACCAGCGCACCCACACAGGGGAGCGGCCCUAUCAGUGCACCGAGUGCGGGAAAAGCUUCAAAUGGCAGGCACACCUGGUUCAGCACCAGAGGACACACUCUGGGGAAAAGCCCUAUGUCUGUGCUGACUGCGGGAGAAGAUUCACGGAGAGCUCCACCUUGAUCAAGCACCGGCGGAUCCACACCGGGGAGAGACCCUACAAAUGCAAGGAGUGUGGGAAAAGCUUCCGCCAGCACUCCAACCUGGCCCAGCAUGCCUGGGUCCACUCAGGAGAGAAACCUGGCCAAGACCACGGGGGCAGCUGCACGGACCUCACGGCCCUGCCGGAGCGCCACGUGGCAGAGAGACCCUACCGCUGCCUCGACUGCGGCAGGACGUUCAGCCGGAGCACAGACCUGCUGGCCCACCGGAGUAACCACACAGGUGAGCAGCCCUACAAGUGCCUGGACUGCGGGAAGGGCUUCAGCGUACGCUUCAACCUGAUGGUGCACCGGAGAGUCCACACGGGCGAGCGACCCUAUGUGUGCCCCGACUGCGGGAAGGGCUUCAGCCAGAGCUCCAGCCUCACGACUCACCGGAGAGUCCACACGGGCGAGCGACCCUACCCAUGUCCCGAGUGCGGGAAGGGCUUCAGCCGGAGGUCCAAUCUCACCGCUCACCAGAGAGUCCACACUGGGCCACGCCCCUACAUAUGCCCUGACUGUGGGAGAGGCUUCACGCAGCUGGCUCACCUGACCCAGCACCGGGGGACACACUCAGGAGAGGAACCCUAUCGCUGCACUGACUGCGGGAAGGGCUUUGGGGUCAGUUCCCGCCUGGUAGCACAUCAGAGGAGCCACACAGGCGAGCGCCCCUACAAAUGCCCUGAAUGCGGGAAGAGCUUCCGGGUCAGCUCAGUCCUGGUGGUGCAUCAGCGGAUCCACUCUGGAGAGAAACCCUAUAAAUGCACCAAUUGCGGGAAGAGCUUUAACGUCAGCUCCAACCUCAUUAAACAUCAGAGGAUCCACACGGGGCAAAAGCCCUACAAAUGCACCGAGUGCGAGAGGAGCUUCAAUGAGAGCUCAGCCCUGAUUGCCCACCAGCGGCUGCACAAAGGGGAGCGGCCCUACAAAUGCCCUGACUGCGGGAAGAGCUUCAAUGUCAGCUCCAACCUCCUGGAGCAUCAGGGUACCCACAGGGGCCAGAAACCCUACAAAUGCCCAGAGUGUGGGAAACGAUUUGCCCGCAGCACCCACCUCUCUCAGCACAGCCGGACUCACACGGGCGAGCGACCCUACAAAUGCAUUGAGUGCGGGAAAGGAUUCACGGUGAGGUCCCAUCUGGCCCAGCACUGCCGGGUCCACACCGGGGAGAGACCCUACAAGUGUGCUGACUGCGGGAAGGGCUUCACGGCGCGUUCGUCCCUGACCACCCAUUGCCGGACUCAUACAGGAGAGCGACCCUAUAAAUGCCCUGAGUGUGGGAAAAGCUUCAAUCAGAACUCGCACCUGGUUCAGCAUUGGAGAACCCACUCGGGAGAGAGGCCCUAUCACUGCCCUGACUGCGGGAGAAGCUUUGGGGACAGCUCUGCCCUCAUUAAGCAUCAGAGGAUCCACCUGCAAGAGAAACCUUGUUAAUGCCACCCCCUAGCUACUGGUAAAGCUUUGCUUGGAGCUCAGCACUUAUGACUGGAACAGGGCAGGUAAGGGCUUUUUCAGUGAGGUGGCAAUUCAAAAAUCAUGUUGAGUGCCCCCAAAACACAAUGUUUCAAAAAUUUUUUGGGGGGGAUGGAAAAGUUUAAAAUAAAAAUCAUCUUGAGUUGAACUCUUUUGUGCUACAUGAAAUCUUUCAUCAAGAUCCGGAACAGCUUUAACAUCCUUUUUAAAAUUAAAUGGAAGGAAAGGUCAAAACCAAAAAUAAUUUUGAUUUGAAGAUGUUGAAUAUUUUGGCUUCCAGAUUUUUUGCGUGGUGGGGGUGAAGGGAUCAGCUGGAACAAUUCAAUGAAACAGAAAAAAUUGCAAAACAUUUUGAAGUUAGUGGAUCUGCAUUUUUCACAGAGAAAAGAAGUUCUCAACAAAAAAAUGUUGCUCAGGUCAGCUUAUGACACUUCAGAGACUCCAUGCGGGUAUAACCCUGACUGAUGGGAGUGAUAUUGGUGACAUUCAGCUCCUCCCACUGGGUGGGUCCCAAUGUAGCAGCAGCCCACCUCUAGCUGAUUUGUGACUCUGGUCGGCCACUGAGACCUUGCUGCAGCCCUGCAGGCUAAGCAUAGGAUGGAGAAGAGAAAAUACCCGCAACCUUGGUUGUUCACUCUUCUGGGACUCAACAUCCCUCUCCUCUCCAGGGCAGAUUCAUUCCCUGGGCUGCCCCCUUUGCUAUCGGAGGUGGGUAGGAAAUUAGGCUCAAUUCCAUCCCCAGCACUGCCUCCCCAAUGCAGAAGUUGGAUGCUUAAUCAAUGCUCCAAGUCUCAUCCCCCCUUCAGGCAACUUUAAAACUGAAGGUGCCCUAGGCUCACUCCCUUAGCAAGAGCAAUUUCCUGGGGUGAGGGACUCAUCUGCUUUACUAAUCCCACCCACCAUCACCACCAGCUAGCCCUAGCUCUCUCCCCAUCCCAGGUCUUCUCAGGGUAUGUCUACACAGUUGCAAAACACCCAACUCAGGCUCAUAGGACCGUUUCAUUGCUGUGUAGUCUUCUGGGCUCAGGCUGGGGCCUGAGCUCUGGGACCCUCCCACUCAUCAGGGUCCUAGAGCCCAGGCUCCAUCCUGAGCCCAGAAGUCUAAGUCUACACAGCAAUAAAAUAGCCUCGCAGUCUAAACCAGCCAGCAUAGGCCAGCCAUGGAUGUCAAGCUGCUGUGUAGACAUACCCGCAGAAAUCUGGCCCUCUAGUUUGAUGUCACCUUGCUGCACUGGGUGGGGAUGGUGAGGAGUGGGGCUGGAUAAUACAGAGUAGCAUGAUUAAUUUGUGACUGGCCUCAGCAAUAAAAGUACUGAACUGGGUUUUCCAUCUGUCCAGAGUCCUUUGCUGGGGGAGAGGACAAGUGAAAUGAAGUGGACGGCACUCUACAUUUAUGAUACGAGAACCUGAAUAGAAUAGAAUUUAAAGCCCGAAUUUGACAGAGAUUGAAGAUUGGAAUGGUUCAGUGUAGGGUGUUGGGCAGGAGGUCAGACUAGAUGAUUAGAAUGGUCCCUUCUGACCUUAGUAUCUAUGAAAUCACUGGAAGACCUGGCUCUGUCAGUCCUGAAUAUAUCUACUGGACAAUGAUGUUUUCAUGAAGGUUCUUAACUCUUCACUGGCUACACACAAAAUUAUGCACCAGGGCUCAUUGACUUAAUGGGCUUAAACUACAGAACUUACUGAAAAUUUCAAUUUUCAGCAGUUGUUUAGCUGGACUUUUUGCCUUAGGGUUUGUCUGGACAGGAAGUUACACCAAUUUAACUACAUCAGUGUAACUGCCAACACUUAUUCUGGUAUAAAAGUGUCCACACAGGGAUUUAUACCAAUUUAACUACACUGGUUUAAAUUCACACCUUAGCCUAUAGUGCCAUAGCUUCCCAAGCAAGCAAGUCUUAAAUGUCACAUACCCCAACUGAUGCCAUGACUACUUCUACCCAGUCAAUGGCAGUGGGGUUACCUCCUGUUGGUAGGAAUUACAGAACAGCAGGGGCUGUUGCACCCCAAGAAUCUACUUUGCUUGCUAUGAAGCGCGAGAGAGAAAUCAAAUGACUCAAUUUUUUUCCAUCAGCUGAACAUUUACUAAGGUGCAGUGAACGUAAUCAUUGUCCAAUUUAGUUAUGCAAACGUAAAACACAGAGCACUUUCUGUCCAAAAGCAUCAGAACAGGAGAAAGGGAAUAAAUACAUUCAGAUAAAUAGAAAAGUGCAGACUUUUCUGCCAGGCAAGAACCACCAGCCCCCGCUCCUCUUCAGAACCACCCAUACCAAACUUUCUCUUAGAGAAACCAGAGACUGGGACUUACGUCUAAAACAAGCCUUUUUUUAAACAUGUGUUCUUAAGACACUAGGGCAGAUCCUCACUUAGUAUAGGCUACCAGAGCUACAUUAAGCCAUGAAAAUUUACACCAGCUGAUCUGUGCCCCUAGACCUCAUUAAAUAUGGUUUAAUAAUAAAGCAAUUAAUUUAUCUCAUAUAUUUUAUUGUUUUAAAUUCAUCAGCUACUUCUAUCACUGGCCUAAUAUCAAUGGACUAGCAUGUUUUACAAAUUCCCAAAAAUCAGUUACUGACCAAGAAAUUUUAACUAGUAUUUGAUCUGCUAUAAACAAUUCAGGUUACCAGAAGCAGAGAAGGUAUUAGUGGAAAUACAGACUAAAACAUGUAGUAGCAGUGAAAGUCUGUUACACUGGUAUAUGCCAAGGCUGCUUGAACUGAUUUACAGUCAAACAAAAAAAUAAUCCAGCCUUCCAAUCCAGCAUAAUUGAAUAUUUCACCCCCAUAAGCAUUUCAGGUGCAUCUACAUUCCACGCCUGAAUGCUAAAAAACUGAACAGAGCCCCAGAUCAAAUAGAGAUUAACGGCCACUGCUUUAUUUUCAGGUAUCCAUUUGUAGGGAUCUUUAAGCAAAUGUGAAAGUAGUUAACAGAGCUGGAACACGCACAAAUCCCUCGUGUGUUAUUGGUAGGAGACUAAAAGCUUCCUUUAUUAUAAAUACAACCACAAUCUGCAGAAGUUCAUGAGAAGAUAACUAGAUUUGUUCCUUUAAUGCAGCCCACUGUUUGUUCAUUGUGCAUCAGGAUAUUUAGACUGAGGCAGCAUGCCAAGAGACCAGAUCAGUUGAUGCCUAUGUGAGAGGAAGAAUAAUCUACCCAGUGAGGGAAUGGUUUUGCUUUGGGGACAACAAGCUUUGUUAGGGAACCCAUCAAUAUUUUGGCAACUUGGGAAAAGGAGAAGCAACUUACUCCGAAGCUCUACAACGUAGAGGCUUCUAAGUCUACCAAUGCAGAGAAUGGAGAUUUCAGCAUUUCUGAAACCUGCACACAUCUU